AUGGACUUGCUAUGUCAGUGUACGAUGGCCUCAUUUACUGGGAUUGCCUCCCAUGUGCUCUACUUUCAACACGGCGAGCACCAUCUUCAAGCACCUAGAAUCCUCUCCUUCUAUAUUGCUGCCCUAGUCCUUCCUCAUGCUAUUAACUCCAUAUUUUCGAACGACGCUACCCGCUUGAGUCCAUACCGUAUCGUCUUCCCCCAAGUCUCGUACUUUGCCUCGCUAGCGAUUAGUGUCGUCACGUACCGGCUCUUCCUCCACAAGACGAAGUCCUUCCCCGGCCCCAAGCUAGCAGCCGCAUCCAAACUGUAUCACCUGGUGAAAGCCAGGGACUCUCGGCAACAUAUGUUCCUCGACGACCUCCAUAAAAAAUAUGGCGACUUCGUGCGGACUGGUCCCAACGAGAUCACUAUAUUCCACCCCGAUGCUGUGCUUCCCAUUCAUAGUCCCAGCUCGCGUUGUACGAAGACGGAUUGGUAUGAUAACCUGGCUCCAGUGAACGCCGUUGUGCUGGCUCGAGUCCCGAGGGAGCACGACUGGCGCCGUCGCAUCUGGGACCACGCCUACAGCAUCAAGGCUCUCAAACAGCACGAGCCCACCAUCCUGAAGCAUGCUCUCCUGGUCCGAGAUGCCAUCGAGGAGCGGCUGAACCAAUCAAUAAACGCAACGGAGUGGUUUGAGUAUUACGGCUUCGAUGUCAUGGGCGCUGUACAGUACAGCAAAUCCUUUGGCAUGCUUGAGGCUAGGCACGGCCACUGGGUCUUGGAUGUCUUUAAAGCGGGAACCAUCAUCCUCGGUUAUAUGACAGCGACGCCCUGGCUGAUUCAUAUAGUUGAUUCCUUGAAUUUCUAUCGUGGUGUAAAUAGCUACUUGUCCUGGGCGGACGAGUCCAUCCGCGAACGAAUCCGUGCUAUUGGGUGGUUAAUCGACGACGCGAAGGAGAAUUCUACCAUUGAGCAAGACUGGAAUUGGUUGAUGGGUGACUUUCUAACCAUGGUGACGGGUGGCACAGAACCUGUGAUCUCUGCUAUAGUGUUUCUCUUUUACCAUCUAGUCGCUAAUCCUUACCAUGCCUCCCUCGUCCGCGACGAGAUCGGAACCUUGACUUCCUACUCGGAUACCUCUCAGCUCAGUGGUCUUCAACAUCUCAACGCCUGCAUUUUUGAGACCUUUCGUCUUCACCCGUCUAUACCCUCGGGAGGGUUGCGAAUGACGCCGCCUGAGGGCAUCAAGAUCAAUGACACAUGCAUUCCAGGCAACACUACAGUUCUUGUGCCUCAAUAUACGCUAGCACGUCGCGAGGACUGUUUCGAGCGUGCGGUAGAGUUCAUCCCAGAGCGUUGGACUACGAAACCGGAGAUGGUGAAGAACAGGAAUGCGUUUAUGCCAUGGGGUAUCGGGUCAUACUCGUGCGUCGGAAAGAACCUGGGCCUUAUGGAAAUUCGUACGUUGGCGGUGGUACUGUUUGACUAUUUCAACAUUAGUUUCGCCCCUGGCGAUGACGGCACGUUGCUGCAUGACAAGACGUUGGAUUGCUUUUCGACCAUUCCCGGUCCCCUGAGAUUGAAAUUCGAGAGGCGCGAGCCGAUCGCAAAGAUAAAUGUCACGAAUUAG